AAAUACCUCACAGAAGCAAAAUUUUCUGCGAUAAUAGAAGAAUUUUCGAGAAAAAGAAAAUCAAGAACUCGGAAUCAGGGUUUUCUUUCAGAUUCGUGAAAAUCUCGAAAGAGGAAUACGAUUUCAGCCUUAGGUCGAUUCCCUUAAAGAUCAAACCCUAAUAUUCUCCUUUUCGAAUUUGAGAUAAAAGGAAUUUAGGGUUUCGGUCUCUCCUUUUCCGCUGUCUGUUUUCGCGAUCGGCGAUUGUAUUUUUGUUCCUGACCGUUACGUUUGUAAUUUCGACGUUAAGCCUAGGGUUUCGUACUUUCGUUGCGAUGAACGACCAAUCGCAGAUGAUGAUGAAUUUGAACCAGAUGAGCCAGCCUCAGAUGAUGAAUCAGGUGCAGAUAAUAGGUCAGUCGCAGCCUCAGAUGCACUCGCACAAUCAAGGAAUGAAUCAACAAGCGCAGUCUCAGAUGAAGACAUCACAGAUUAUGAUGAACCAGUCUCAGCCUCCGAUGAUGAAUCGCGGGUACAAGGUUUGGUCUCAGCAACCUCCUCUGGACCCUAGCAUGAAGUUCCAGAACCCUAUGAAACCGAAUUACCGGAGUAACUGGAAGGGGAAGAAGGUCACUGACAAACGCAAGGACCCUAGGAGAAUGGAAAAACCCAAUCCCAGUGGAAUCCCGACUCUUAGUGUUCCGAACACCGGUGUCGUCGGUUACCAGCCCCCAACGCUGAACGAGUUGCAAUCGCAAAAUCGCUUAAAAGCGCGUAAGUUCUAUCCUAAGAAGAAGUUUAAUAAUAGGUUUGCUCCCUACGCCCCUAGGAAUACUACCUCUUUUAUCAUUCGAGCAAAGAAGUCCGGUGGCAUAGCAUCUCUUGUUUCACCUUGCCCUGUGACCCCCGCAGUGCUUCCCACGCCUAUAUUGUCUCCCUCGAGGGAGGUGUUGGGUGAUAUGGCGAAGGAGGAGUGGGGUGUUGAUGGAUAUGGGUCAAUGAAGGGUCUGAUUAGACUUCGAUCACCGGGGAAUGAGGCUGAUGUUCAUGAUUACGAGGAUGAUGAUGACGGUGGCUCGAGUGAGAGUGAUGUGGAGGAGCAUGUGGAGGUGGAGAGGAGGCUGGAUCACGAUUUGAGUCGGUUUGAGAUGAUAUACCCUAAUUACGGAGUGGAUUACAAUAAUGUGUUAGAGAAUAGGGUUGAUGAUCAGGAUUCCCAUAUAGCUCAGUUGGAGGAGGAGAACUUGACGUUGAAGGAGCGUCUUUUCCUGAUGGAGAGAGAGUUGGGCGACCUGCGAAGGAGGUUGAUGUAUCUUGAGAGGCAGAACCAGGCUGUGGAAGAUGUCAAUGAGGAAGUGGUGGAAAAUGGGUCUGAUAAUGAGAGUGAGGGUGGAUCUGAUGUUCCGGUUAUGGGAAUUGAGAACAAUGUGGUGAUGGUCGACUCAGUGAUGGACAGUGUAAGAGAUGGAAGUAUUGAGGCCAAUGCUAAGUUGAACAAUGAUGGAGUAUCAGAGGCUGAAGGUGUAGAUAAUGUUUUUAUGGAAGGGUCUGUUUCAAACGAGGCUAUUGCGGAGAAGGAUGGGGUCAGAGGUAAUGAAUUGGGGAAUGACUGUGUGUUUGAUGAUGCGAAGGAAAAGGACGAGCUGCAGGAUGAAGGAGUGACACAACAGUGUUCGUCUGAUAAAAUUUUGGCAAAAGAAAAUAACGUAAUGGAUAACAAAGAAAGUGGUGAUUUUGAAAUGCAGGACAGAAAUGAUGAAUCAAAAAGUCAAGGAGCAACGGAUGAAAAUACAAACGACUUAGUCUUAAAUGAGAAGGAUGAAAGCAAGAGUCCAGUAGUUGGAACAAGUUCAGAGACUGCCAGAGAUGAUGACUUACCUGUCUCAUUAUUUCUGCCAGAUUUUACUACGACGGGAGUUUCGCAUUUUGGUGUUCGAAUUGCUACUGCGCUGGACUUUCCCAAGGAAUUGGAUGGCUGAUGAUUGAUGAUGAUGAAGGGGUUUAGUAUUAUAAGGGUUCAGAUGGAAAAAGGAAUCAGGGGUUCUACUUCAAAAGCGAAAAUGGAAGUUUUUUUUGCCGGUAAAUAGUGUUUGCUGCAAGGCCAUACAAGACAAAAGGUGGAAAAUAGGUGUAUGUGGCUAACUUUGUAGUUACAUGGCAGUAAGAGUUAAAGCCAUCUCUUCCUAGUUAUGAAUUGGAUAAACGUAACAGCUGUCUGCAGAUUCCGAUCCACCAGUUGGACUUUUCAUGUCACGUGUCCAGGAGAUGCUUGUACGGCGAAGGACUUGAUUUCGUGUGUUUUGGUUUGACCUCUGCAAAUUUUCCAAAUAUUUGUUAACGCGAUCCAAGACUCAAUUAUGUUGAAUCCAUGGUUGACCUGCCUUUUCAUGCUGUUGUUAAUGUUGAUGUUGUUUUUCUACUCUUUA